AGGGCUGGCAGGGGGAGGCGGCGGCUCCUCCUCCGCGGGCAGGCGGGCAGCCCGCCCGGGAGCGGCACCGGUUGCUCGGUGCCAGCGGAGCCACGCCGCCCGCUAUAUAAGGGGCGGUGGCUGCUAGCGCUCCCUCACACCGGCCCCUGCCCGCGCUGGGCUGAGGCUGGCCCCUGGCAUUAUGGCCCGUGACGGGGCGCCAUGGAAGGUGGUCUCCCCACCUGCCUCCCGCAGACCCUCCUCUUCCUCCUCCUCCCGCUCCUCCUGCACCCGCAAACUUGCCGCGGCGGGCUGCGUGUGAAGGCAGAGCUCGGCGAGGCGGCUAAGCUGCCCUCGCAGUCCUCUGCCGUCGCGCCCGCAGCCCGGAGGGUGCGAGGCCGCCGUUCGCGGGCAUGCGGCGCUGCCGCUGCACCCGUCGAGACGCGGUGCGGAGCCGCGGGCAGCGGGGCUGAGCCUAGGGGCGGCCGGGGCCGGGGCCCCACGCCCGGGGCUCGCCGCGCUCCCGGGAAGGCGUGGGGGCAAUGAGCUGGCGUGGGGAGCGGGCACAGCUGGCCCCCUCUUCGCCCUGCUCCGUCGCUGGCGGCGAGUGAGACUCGGCGGAGCCCCGCUCGGCGCUCCCGGAAGGGCGUGCGGGCGGGCGGGAGGGAGGUGGUGCCGGCGCGGAGAUGCUGCAGCCCUCCCCCGGCGCCGACGGGGUCCUGCCGGGGUAGCGGCCCCGCCGUGCCGCGCCGAGCCCCGCCGUCUGCGGGGGGCGGUGGCCGCGGAGUGAUGGAGCUGGCCAGCCCCUGCCAGGCGCCGCUGCUCGCAGCCAACGAAUCUUACCACGGCCGAAACUGCAGCUCUGAGGAAGGGAGCUACCAAGAUGCCACCCCUCUCUCCUGGAAGAUAGUACUCGCCGUCGUCCUGGCGCUCGUCACCCUGGCCACGGUGCUCUCCAACGCCUUUGUCAUUGCCACGGUUUACCAGACGAGGAAACUCCACACGCCGGCCAACUAUCUCAUCGCCUCCCUGGCUGUCACCGACCUCCUCGUCUCCAUCCUCGUCAUGCCCAUUAGCACCAUCUACACUGUGACCGGCAAGUGGACGCUGGGGCAGAUCGUCUGCGAUAUCUGGCUGUCCUCGGACAUCACCUGUUGCACGGCGUCCAUCCUGCACCUCUGUGUCAUCGCCCUGGACCGCUACUGGGCGAUCACCGACGCCGUCGAGUACUCCACGAAACGGACUCCUAAGCGGGCAGCGGGCAUGAUCGCUCUGGUAUGGGUCUUCUCCAUCUGCAUCUCCAUGCCGCCUUUGUUUUGGCGGCAGGCGAAGGCCGAGGAAGUCUCUCGCUGUGUGGUGAACACGGACCACGUCCUCUACACCGUGUACUCUACCGUGGGAGCCUUCUACUUCCCCACUCUGCUGCUGAUAGCCCUCUACGGGAGGAUCUACGUGGAAGCCAGGUCACGGAUUUUGAAGCAGACGCCAAAGAAAGCAGGUAAAAGACUAACGCGGGCACAAUUAAUCACAGACUCCCCGGGGUCUUCCUCAUCCGUCACGUCCAUAAACUCCAAAGCCCCCGAGGGAUGCAGCGAAACGGGCUCUCCCGUGUACAUGAACCAGGUGAAGGUGAAGGUCUCGGAUGCUCUGCUGGAGAAAAAGAAGCUCACGGCCGCUAGAGAGCGGAAAGCUACAAAGACUUUAGGGAUUAUUUUAGGAGCCUUCAUCGUCUGUUGGCUGCCCUUUUUCAUCAUCAGCCUGGUGUUACCUAUCUGCAAGGACGCUUGCUGGUUCCACAUGGCCAUCUUUGACUUUUUCAACUGGCUCGGAUAUCUGAACUCCCUCAUCAACCCCGUCAUCUAUACUAUGUCUAACGAAGACUUCAAACAAGCUUUCCACAAACUCAUACGUUUCCGAUGCACAAGCUGAAAUGUUGGAAUGCGAUGUGUUCUCCGGGGCUGCCCCCAUGCACGCCCGUGCCCGGUGCCACAGAAUCAAGUUGCUAUUGUAAAGACCCACUGCUUGAAACUUCCCCAAGCCCAGUUGCCAGACUCAUGAUGCUGCAAAAACGUCAAUACAUACUGCCACCAAACUGCUCAGCUCUGCAUUUCAGUGUAAUGACUCUGGCAGAGAUGCUGUUCCAAUAGUCACGCAGAUCAGUUGCAAAAAAAACCAAAACCAAACAAAAUAAGAAUAAUAAUAAUAAAAACAAGAGAGGGCAGCCUCGAAUCAAGGUCUAUAAUUCACCUGGACUGAAGGAAAAAAAAAAAGUUUGAGAGUAAACUCCACUUAUUUUGCAGGCUUCAACUUCUUAGUUUGUUCUCCGGCUGGUUGUAGGGGUGUGCACAAGAGCACAGUUGUCUCUGUCUGUGUUGGUAGCAUAGUUGUACUUCUGCACACCUGUAAUUUCUUUCUUUCAGUGGAAAGAGUUGCUCCCUUCACUUAAGAGGCCAAGAGGAGGGGAAAAAAAAAAAUACCCCACAACGAGAAGCCCAAACACACACACAAACAAAAUCAAAGCACUGUUUGAAAUAGGAGCGUCACAGUAAGUUCUGUACAUGACUCCUCCAGCUGAACAUAUGCGAGAAGUGACAGUGUGCAAAAGUCUUGUCUGUACUUCACAACAGCAAAUGCAAAUACUGUAGACACAAGAGUUGUAGACCUGUUCAACUGCACUGCAUAUCUGUAAGUCUGUCCUCAUAGUUGCCUUUCUCAAGUAAAUAACUUCUUGCUUCUACUCCGUAACUCCAGAGCAGAAAUCAAGAAGGCCAAUGACCUUUUCCAUAAACGAGCUGGGAAUAGAAGUAGCAGUUUGAUGUUGUAACCAUGUUUGCCAUUUUGUGUCAGUUGCACACCCUUACCGCAUGAACCACUGCAAAAUUUAGACUUCUCUAAGUAACUGCAUUAUUUGGUGUCUUUUGUAAGGAAGUGAAGCAGUUUGCUCUUUCAGAAGAGCUUUAUCACCUGCAAAAUGAAUACCCAUGAAUCAUGAAUUUACUGAUGUUAGUGAAAUUACUCUCCUCCCUGUUAAUACUACUUUUUGUCCUGCUCAGACCUUAAGACUGGUCUAGGCAUAUUCAGCAGUCAGAGUUUCAGGAUAUGGUCCACCUGCUGUGAUAAGAACUGCAUUGAUUGUUCCUCCUAUGUGUAAAUGAAAAUGAGUAUAAACAAUAAAACGCUUUACUGUGUUCUCAA